AUGGCCGACGAUUUUGAUACUUGGUUCGAGUCGAGCAACGCCUUAUCCGAUCACGACACGCCCCCUCAGCCCAUAGCCGUAGAAACGCCAGCAUGCACUCGUUGCGUCAACUGCAGCUGCGUGAUUGAACCAGCCAAGCAGAUGGACACUAGCGGCCCGUCUAGUGAGUCUCCUAGGGCUACAUCCCCGGGAAGAAUGGCGACGGUUUCUGCCCCUCCGCUAACCUCCGCACCCCAAACUUCCCCAAUCGCUAAAACAGCCGUUCAGGCGGUUACACUAACGUCGCCGCCAACUCCCAGCCAGCAGUUUCUCAUCGCCGGCAAGGUUCAGGAGGCGAUUCGUCAAAUGCUUUCCGUUCAUCAGGGUCAGACCGUCCCCAUUCCGUCCAAUCCCACCCCGUCGACCGUCUUGGGCGUCGCAGGAGUCGCUGGGAGAGGCAGCAGGUCGCACCCAAUCAGCCCAGUGCGAAGCCGCGCGGCGUUUUCGGAGCGACCCAAGCCGCAGCAGCACCAGAUGGCACUCGGUCGCAGCGCCAGCAGCGGCGGAGGACUCUCCGCUGCUAGCGCUCGGGGUAACAGCAGUGGACCGAACGCGAGUGGCGGUGGAAGCAACACGAGUGGCGGGCACAACGCGAGUGAGGGGAGGAACGCUCAGCCUGCGCCGUAUCGCGGCGUUCGGUACCGGCCGUGGGGUCGGUGGGCGGCGGAGAUCCGCGACGCCGGCGGGCGCGGGCGAGUGUGGCUGGGGACGUUCGACACUCCCGAGGAGGCAGCUCGCGCGUACGACGAGGCUGCGCGGGAGAUCCGCGGACCCAAGGCGCAGCUGAAUUUUCCCAAGGAGCCUCGGCUCUCCGCCCCGCUUUCCGCGUCGAAUCAACAGACCCUCUCGGUCGCCCAUGCUACGGCGCAAGCUCAGCCGCAGCAACAGCAGCAGCAGCAGGUGCAGCAAGUGCAGCCGCAUAUCCAGCAGUUUCAAGCGCAGCCGCAAUCCGCGGUACCGCCACGUACGCCCCAACCUGCCCCUCAGCAGACAUCUGUCUUCUCCCCCCUCAUGCUUCCCCGUGCUGCCAUCAUCCAGACAAGCCCCGCGCCCUCCGCCCCCGCCCUCCCCGUCUCCUCCGCCCCCGUCCCGUCCACUGCGCCUGCUGCGACCGCGAUCCCUGCUGCUUCACCUUUUCCGCUCGGCGCAGCGCCCGCCGCCCCUCUUGCGACCACGCCAGUAUCCAAAUCCGCGCAGAAGCCUAAACCCCUGCUGCACCUUCCCUUCCUCAACCAGCAAUUGCCUCAACCGCUUCAUGAUACCUCGAGACCUCGUAGUGCCGUCACAGCCCCGAACUCCACGCUGCCGCCCCCUCAACUCCCCUCCGCGCCUUCCGCCUGCGCGCCCUCCCCCUGUACUCCUUCCCCCGUCCCCGUGACGCGGAAGCGUUCCGCGAUGGAGACGGUCCGCGAAGCUGUCGAGGCGACGCCUGGCCUGAGCGAGCUGCGCGAUGUGCGCGACAGCUCCGUGGCUGCCGCAACUACUCGCGUCGGCGCGACGGCCCCUCCAAGCACUCCCGGUUCCGCUGCGGCUGCGGGUGCUACGAAUCAGUGCUGGAACCAGCCAAUCCAGACGGCGGGUAGCGGCGUUCAUCCGUCCGUCUCGAACGCGUCGUGGUCGUCCGAGCCUAUUCUCGCGCGGAACAGGACGAUGAUGCGAGCCGCGUCCGACGGCAAUGGCGCCUUCGGCUCCGUCGCUGGUGACUGGCGAGAUGCGAAUUCCAUGGCUGCUGACGUGGACGAGGAUGAUUGGAUGGCGCAGGCGGGAGGAGAUCCGUUUGGAUUCGGCGUGUUUGGACCCGUGGGGAAGAAGGCCAAGUCGGAAGGGCAUAGGCCGUGGGGGAUGGGUGCAGAGAUAGGCGCAGAAAGGGAAUGCAGUGUGGUGACGUGCCCUGCCGUGUGCGAGGUCGACGGUGAAGAGGCUGGAUGCGGUGGAGAUGGGCGCACAGGGGUACAGCGGGCAAGAGCAGGGGUGGAGAGAGGUGAUAAUGGUCCGACGAAGAGCUGGUGGGAGGAGGCUCUGAUGAUGGACGACAUUCCGGAAAAAGCGGCGGACGCUACGGCCCUGAUGCUUCGAGAGCAAAGCGCUGGUAGGAGCGAUGUCAAGCCAGCUUCUGGCGGUAGCAGGCAGGAGGGUUUGGCGGUACGAGCUACACCUACUGCAGGCAGCACAGACGCAGCCGUGAGUGUGAUUACGAAAGAUAGCGACGCGCAGUUGGGCUCGGGACGCAGCGUUGACUGUAUCAUGCGUGACUACAGCGGGGGAAAGGAAGCUGCUUCUCCGGUGGCGACUAAAGAAGGGUUUGUUGAAUUUUCAACUGAGGUAGCAGAGCCAACUUCUGCAGGCAUCGCGACGUCAGCUGAAGCUGACGUGGAUUGGCCAGCAGCUGAUUUGGAAGGGCUCACCCCAGCAUGCUUCUUCACUACGGAGCAGGUCAGCCUCGGCCUAGAUGCGUCCGUGGAAGCGCCUCUAGCGGUAGCAGAGCCGCCUUUCGUGGUAGCAGCCGACAUACCAGCAAUGACAGCAACAACAGCUGCACAAGAGGAUUUCUUUCUGGCAGGAGAUUUUGCAAUCGACGCGCAGCAGGCGAGCGUGGAGCGCCAGGUGCUGCGCCUCGACGACGAGAAGGCGCUGCUCGAGGCGGAGCGCGACCUGCUGCGCCGCGAGCACCUGCUGCUGCGCGCUGACGAGGAGGCGCUCGAGCGCGUCGAGGCGGAACUCCGCGCGGAGAAGCUUGCGCUCGAGGCGGACCGUGACCGCCUCAUGGCGCAAGGGCAGUACCUCGCCGCUGCGGCUGCCGCCGCCGCGGCGGAAGCGAUGGGGGGGGCAAGAAGGAGAGCGGAAGCGAGCCCGGCGGGGGAGGUCUCGGCGGAAGCGGAAGUCGAGGCGGAGGGGCAGCUGGAGGCUUCCGCGUGUGUUGCGGGGACGCGGUGGAAGGGCUCCGCCGCUGCGUGGGGAGGCUUGCGCGGAGAGCACCUCCGCGCCACGGGGGCUUGCCCGCGCGCCCUUGCUGCGCACGAGAGCGGCACUGCUUCCGUGCAAAAGAGCUGCGCGCCUGCUGCUUCCUGCGCGCCCUCCGCUUCUGAUGCGCCUCUAGAUGAAGCAGCAGGUGCGCCCGCGCGCAGCAACCCACUCGCAGCAACAAAAGGAGACGAAUCUGUUGGCGGGAAAUGGCGGCUGAAAUUCGAAGCGGCCGCAGCCAGGGCUGCUGACACGGCUGGCCUGGCUGAAAGCCUGCUGUUCGACAGGUCAGCACGGCCGGCUGCUGACGUGGCUGGCCAAGGUGGAAGCCUGCUGUUUGACAGGUCUGCACGGCCGCCAGCCGCUGAGUCAAGCCGGUCGGCGGAGGAAGGAUGGAUAAGCCGGCUGGUGCAGCGGGAGCAGGUGGUGGUGGCGCUGAUUCAGAAGGCCAUCGCGCAGCACAAGGUGGUGCUGGCGCGCUGCGACAUGGCGUCCGUGCGCUACGAGACGCUCAUCGUGAGGCGCGACGCGGUUACCGCACAGUACAACCUGGUGUUACGGCUGAAGAAGCAGAUGAUCGAGGAUAUGAAACAGUUCAAGGCGGAGAGAGAAAGGACGGACGACUGGCGCGUGGGGGGGUUGGGGGGUCGAAUAUUUCUUCCCUCCGUUUCUGUUCCUGCUGCUGCUGCCGCAACCCCUGCUGCUGUGCCUGCUGCUGCCCCUGCUGCUGCUCCUACUGCUGCUCCUGCUGCUGCUCCUACUCCUGCGACUCCCACGUUCCCUGCUGCUGUUACUGCUGCAGGACCACUUUCUUUUGCUUCCACCGCUUCUCUUUCUCCUUUGCAUGUUGCUGGUGCCACGUCUGCACUGCCCGUCUCUCCUGCUGCUGCCACGUCUGCUGCCAUCUCCUCUGCCUACGGCCCUCUCGCUGCUGCUGCUGCUGACAUGCCUGCUAUCGUCAUGCCUGCUGACGCCAUGCCUGCUGACGUAGUGCCUGCUGACGUCAUGCCUGCUGACGUCAUCCCUGAUGACGUCAUGCCUGCUGACGUCAUGCCUGCUGACGCCGUGCCCGCUGGCAUCAUGCAAUCACCUGGGGAAUUCCGUCCGUUUCUCGGUGAUGGGGAGGGGUUGCAUGACAGGGAGGCUUAUGGGGAGGGCGGCAGUGGUGGAGAUGUUUGA